AUGGCACGAUCUAGCACUUCCCUACUCAUAUUCUUGGUUCUUUUUGCUUCAUUUUGUUAUUGUUUAGAAGGAAGAAAUCUUGUUGUGAGAGCACAGAAGGAGUGGAAAAAGAUGAACAUGAGGCGAUCUUCAAGGGAUAGUUUGUUUCUAAGUGCACUUCCUAAGGGUACUGUUCCAUCUUCUUCUCCAACUAAAAAAGGACAUGCUGUUGUUGUUGAUGAGAAGCUCAUAGAACGACACCUCAUAAGCAUGGAUGGUCGUCAUCUUAUUGUAUCUUUCCCAAGCCCUGGAAUUGGCCAUUAA